AUGCUUGAGCUCGGCAUCAUCCGACAGUCCGACAGCUGCUGGGCAUCACCCCUCCAUCUUGUUCCAAAGAAGAGCGGCGACUGGCGACCGUGUGGUGACUAUCGGGCGUUGAACUCAGCGACGGUCCCCGACCAGUAUCCCGUCCCGCACAUCCAAGACUUCACUCUUUCGCUGCACUGUAAGCGAAUAUUCUCCAAGAUUGACCUUGUGCGUGCCUACCACCAAAUCCCAAUCGAGGCCAGUGAUGUGCCGAAAACUGCAGUGACCACUCCCUUUGGGUUAUUCGAAUUCACUCGUAUGCCCUUUGGUCUGAGGAAUGCCACCUAAACCUUUCAGCGACUCAUUGAUCAGGUUCUGCAAGGUCGCGACUUCGUCUACGCCUACAUUGAUGAUUUGCUAGUGGCUAGUUCUGACGCUGCUGAACAGGAGAUUCAUCUUCGAUAG